AAAUCUUUAAUCUUUAGGUGCUGCGUUUGUUUUGGUUUUGGAAGGUGCAGCCUUGCCUGGUCUGGGGUGGCAAGGUCGCAAGACGGAUGGGGUGAGAGUGGGCGAAAAUGAGAUGAGGCGUGAAAAUGGUUGGGGCUUUUUUUUCUGUCGCUGUGUUGUUGCUCAGAAGCCCCCCAAACAGGUCACUUGCACUUGGCUCGCUCUCGCUUCUCCCGGGAAUUAGCGGGCAUUCGUCACCUGCGGGAUGCAGAGCAAGAGGGAAAAACACCCGAUUGUCUCAUAAAAUUGUCGGAUUCCAGGUUUUCAGAUCGUUCCGAAUCCUAGAUAAUUUCCCUGCUUGGAGUUGUGUUCCUAAAGAUACCUUGAUCAUUAGAUUUGUUGUUCGCUAUCUUUGGCUAGGAAUAUAUAAGUGCACUGGUGAAUCCUAGGCGAGCAUUCACAUUCGCUGAUAGAUAAGAAAAAUGUUUGGUUCUAUAUUUUUGGCAUUCCGCCCUUUUCGUUAUGUCGUCGCUGCAACCCACCUU